CUUCCUGGUAAGCAAAUGCCGAGGUUGGAAAGGCCCCGAACCUGACAGCCCACAGACUCCGGUCGAGUUCCGGUUUCCCUACUUACGGGUCGGGGGGCCCAACGAUGCGUUAGCCUCUCGGAGCCCACUUCUCCACCAGCUAAACCGAGGAUGAUCGAGUCUCACAAGUUUUUGGACAAUGACUCUCACCCAGCUUGUAGUUUUAAAAAGCAAACCACGCCGGGUGUUUGUUCACACGGCAACGCGCGGCUCCCAGUUCGGGUGCCGGGUUGGCGGGUACAGGCAAAGCCUCUGCCUCCCCCACGGGGCAAACGGGUUGGAAGGAGCUGGCACCACCUGUCUGCACACACCUGAGCCCGCGGAGGAAGCAGCGGCGACCAGAGCGCUGCCCACCCUUCGCCGCCCAGCGCGCGCCUCUCACCACGCCCGAGGCUGUCCCUUGGAGUCUUUCCUUUCCCUUUUCUUCGUCAGCUGGACGUAAUUACAAGAAACUUAGCAAUAGCCGGGGCUUUGCAAUUUCCUAGGCGCUUUCGAAUAUUUCAUUCCUCUAGUACUUCUACAGCUUGAAGGUUGGGCGAGGAACAGGGGCAGAGGUUAAACCAGGUCUGCUGGUCGAUAAGAGGUAAGGCAGGGUGCAGAAAUGGGCUACGACAACUCCCACUGCUUUUAUUCCCAGUCUGUGCCGCGGGGGCGGGACGAGGCAGGGAUAGGGGCGGCCGGGCGCUGCCCUGGGGCCGGCAGUGCGGCAGGAUUCCCGCGCGGGGAGGGGCGGCCCCGCCCUUGGCUCCGCCUCCGCCCGGUCCCCGCACACCUGCCCGCAGGUAGCCGGCGCCCGGCGCCGGUGCGAGGCUGUAAAGGGCCUGUUCGCUGGCGUCCGCUUCGGGCGCGGGGGAUUCCCUCGGCGAGCCGCGCCGGCGGGUGCCAUGAACCCGGGCCCCGGGGACGCGGCAGGAGGGGGGCCGCCCGCGCCCCGGCCCCGCCGCCGCCGCUCCCUGCGCCGCCUGUUCGGCCGCUUCCUGCUGGCGCUGGGCAGCCGCUCCCGCCCCGGGGACUCGCCGCCCCGGCCCCAGCCCCAGCCCCAGCCCGGACGCUGCGAUGGCGACGGUGAGGGGGGCUUUGCCUGCGCCCCAGGUCAGACUCCGGCGGUCCCCGGCAGCCCCCGGGAGGAGCGUCCGCCCGGCCCUCAGCCGCAGCUCCCCGCGGGCGACGGGGCGCGGCCGCCGGGCGCGCAGGGCUUGAAGAACCACGGCAACACCUGUUUCAUGAACGCUGUGGUGCAGUGUCUCAGCAACACCGACCUGCUGGCCGAGUUCCUGGCGCUGGGGCGCUACCGGGCGGCGCCGGGCCGCGCCGAGGUCACCGAGCAGCUGGCGGCGCUCGUGCGCGCGCUGUGGACACGCGAAUACACGCCCCAACUUUCCGCCGAGUUCAAGAAUGCGGUUUCCAAGUACGGCUCUCAGUUCCAAGGCAAUUCCCAACACGACGCCCUGGAAUUUCUGCUCUGGUUGCUGGAUCGUGUGCAUGAGGACUUGGAGGGCUCGUCCUGGGGCCCGGUUCCUGAGAAGCUUCCACCUGAAGCCAGUAAAACCUCUGAGAAUCACGUGUCACCAUCGACUCAGCUUUCUCUAGGUCAGAGCUUUGUGCAAAGCCACUUCCAAGCACAAUAUAGAUCUUCCUUGACUUGCCCUCACUGCCUGAAACAGAGCAACACCUUCGAUCCCUUCCUGUGUGUGUCCCUACCCAUCCCUCUGCGCCAGACGAGAUUCUUGAGCGUCACCUUGGUCUUUCCCUCUAAGGGCCAGCAGUUCCUGCGGGUUGGCCUGGCGGUACCGAUCCUCAGCACAGUGGCAGCCCUGAGGAAGAUGGUUGCGGAGGAAGGAGGCAUCCCCGCAGAUGAGGUGAUCUUGGUUGAACUGCACCCCAGCGGAUUUCAGCGGUCCUUCUUUGAUGAGGAGGACCUGAAUACCAUUGCAGAGGGAGAUAAUGUGUACGCCUUCCAGGGCCCUCCGUCACCUGCCCAGGGGAUGUUCUCAGCUGAUGCAUCCGCUCUGCCAGUUUCCCCACGCUUAGCAGCCUGUGAGGGCCAGCGAUUCCCCCUAUCUCUCCACACUGAGAACAAGGUGCUAAUCCUCUUCUGUAACUUGGUGGGGUCAGGGCAGCAGGCUAGCAGGUUUGGGCCACCUUUCCUGAUUAGGGAAGACAGAGCCAUUUCCUGGGCCCAGCUCCAGCAGUCUAUUCUCAGUAAGGUUCGCUAUCUCAUGAAGAGUGAGGCCUCUGUUCAGAGCCUGGGCUCUCUGUUCUCCAUCCGGGUUGUGGGGCUGUCUCUGGCCUGCAGCUACUUGUCUCCCAAGGACAGCCGGCCCCUCUGUCACUGGGUGGUUGACAGAGCUUUGCACUCUAGGAGGCCAGGAGGUCCACCCCAUGUAAAGCUGGCUGUGGAGUGGGAUAGCUCGGCCAAGGAGCGACUGUUUGGGAGCCUCCAGGAGGAGCGGGCCCGGGAUGCCGACAGCGUGUGGCAGCAGCAGCAGGCGCACCAGCAGCACAGCUGCACGCUGGACGAAUGCUUUCAGUUCUACACCAAGGAGGAGCAGCUGGCCCAGGACGAUGCCUGGAAGUGUCCCCAUUGCAAAGUCCUCCAGCAGGGGAUGGUGAAGCUGAGUUUGUGGACCCUGCCCGACAUCCUCAUCAUCCACCUCAAAAGGUUCUGCCAAGUGGGUGAGAGAAGAAACAAGCUCUCCACGCUGGUGAAGUUUCCCCUCUCUGGACUCAAUAUGUCUCCCCACGUGGCCCAGAGAAGCACCAGCCCCAACCCUGGGCCAAGCCCCUGGCCUCCCUGGAAGCAGCCGGCCUGCCUGCCCACUGCCUACCCGCUGGAUUUCCUGUACGACCUUUAUGCUGUCUGCAACCACCACGGCAGCCUGCAAGGUGGGCAUUACACAGCCUACUGCCGGAACUCUCUGGAUGGCCAGUGGUAUAGUUAUGACGACAGCACGGUGGAACCACUUCGAGAAGAUGAGGUCAGCACCAGAGGGGCCUACAUCCUUUUUUAUCAGAAGCGGAACAGCAUUCCUCCAUGGUCGGCCAGCAGUUCCAUGAGAGGCUCCACCAGCUCCUCCUUGUCUGACCACUGGCUCAUGAGGCUGGAGAACAACAGCAGCAGCCUGAGGGGAAGCCUAUUGUCCUGGAGCUCAGCGCCCAACCCUGCCCUGCCCCUGGUUUCCGAUGCUUCUGCUGUCACAAAUAACCUCUGUGAUCAGGGAGGGCUGGAGCCCAGGCGUUUGGUACGGGGCAUGCAAGGCAGAAGCUUCAGCAUGAAGGUGCCCACCCCUUCCCGAGCCAAGCAGGGGCCCUUCAAGACCAUGCCACUCCGGUGGUCCUUCGGACCCAGGGAGAAGCCUCCUGGUGCCUCUGUGGAAUUGGUGGAAUACCUGGAGUCCAGACGAAGACCUCGGUCCACAAGCCAGUGCAUUGUGCCGCUGCUGACAGGUGCUGCUGGGGAGGCGGAGAAGUCAGCCUCGCCGAGCUUGGGCAUCCCCUGUUCUGCUCAAGGUGAAGAUAGUGGCCAAGCCAGUGAAAGAGGACUGGCGACAGCACCUUGUCCCUCAGGCCACCCCAACUACUGUCUGGGCCCUGGAAGCUCAGACAGUCUAAACACAGCAAGAAAGCUAAAGGAAAAUGCAAGCCAGGACAUCAGGCUUCCCAGAAAGUUUGACCUGCCCCUUACUGUGAUGCCCUCAAUGGAGAACGAGAAAGCUGCUCGGCCCGAGGGUCAGAAGGCCACGAACUGGAAGGGAAGUGAGCAGGUGGCAAAGAAUGGCCCCCCUUCCCCCUCUGCAGGAUUGCCUGGAAACAGUAAGGUCAGCCCUCGAGGUGCUUUAGCCAGGAUGAGGGCUAACGUGGGGGAAAGGGACUCCGAGGUGGACAGACCCCCGCAGGGAACGCUCACCCUUCUGAGGUCUAUGUUUUGGAAGAAGGAGAGUAAGAGGAAUGACAGGACAGAGGUCUGCCUCUCGGCACCCCCAGUCUCCCUGGUGAGUGGCAGGCUGAGCCCUGCCAUGGACAUGCAGGCUCGAGGCUCAUCGCCUUCCCUGAGGAUCCGAGAGAGCCUGGCCAGGGGCCUGGGCAGCCAUCUCGAGAGGGACGUCCGGUCGGCCCCCAGCUCUCUGCACCUCCCUCGCAAAGCUGGCAGGCCCCCAAGAGGCAGUGCCCUUAGCACAUCACAGAGGAGUGUUCUGGGGGAGCAAACUUCUUAUGGCACCUUGCAGAGGGUCAAGUACCAUACUCUUUCCUUAGGCCGAAAGAAAACCUUACCAGAGUCCAGCUUUUGAUGGAGUGUUUUGGCAUUGUGUGAAGCUGGCAUUCUUGGGACUUUGUCCCUCAGCAGCUGUAGGCAGCCUGUUGAGAGUGGGUUUCUGGAAAGCCAAUUGUCUUGUGAUCCUCAGGGGUGGGGGGAAAUAUAUACAUAUAUAUAUUCUCCAUGUCUAGACUUCCAACACUUAAUGUCCAAAUAAUCCAGUGUCUAAAUACCUUCCUGUAUUGUUGGGUGCUUUGGCUCAGUCUGGCCACGAGAGGGUGGUGUUGGGUCAGUAUUACCAGUUUCAGGGCAAGAACUGAUACUAAAGAGAUUUGGAUGGCUGCAAACUGAAGCAUAGCUCUACAGGUGACCCCGCCUAGUCAGUAAAAUGUUCACUGCUGGCUGGGCACCUGUACUCAGUGGUGAGAGCGCCAGCCCUGUGCAUCAGCAGUUGUGGGUUUGAACCCAGCUCUGGGCCUGCUUAACAAAAAAAAGUUCACUGCACUGUCUAAUGUUAUCACUGGCUUCUCCUCUUUCUUUUUUUUUUUUAAAUAGUGGAUUUAAAGGAAAAUAUUUUCCUUUUAAUGCUUCUCUGGGAUAAACAUGAAAGAUGCCAAAAAGAAAAAAAAAAAGAAAGAAAAAAGGGUAGUGAUGGGUAAGACAAGAUUCUAGGAGAGAGAGAGAGAGAUUGGAAAGAAAUGACUGAGAUUUUAGGUGAAUAUUUAAUAUAUAACAAAAUAAUUGCAUUAAAGUUUUUCAAGGUAUUUUAAAAAGAUAACUAUUUUGAUACUAGAAAAAAAGUUCUUUUUUAAUUUAAGUAUGAAAUCUAUGUACAAUUUUAAU